AUGGCGCUGCACGAGCCGCCCCUGUCUGCGCAGGCAGCAGCCGCUGCUAUGCUGCAGGGGCAAUCAGCGCCCAUAGUGAGGGCGGAAUCUGACCUAGAAUUUGGUGAUAUUGAGGAGUUUGAAGAUGCUUUGGAACCAUCGAUGACACUUAAGAAGUCCAUGGAAGACUGCGAGAUUGCUAUAGAGAAAUUCUUCUCGAACAACGUCAAAGGUGCAAUCAGUGUAAUGAUACCUUGGAAAGAUAAAUCACUGUACCACAGCCAUGGUGCAGCAAUCUUUGAGUUCAUCCCGGCUAUGCUUACCAUGGACCCGCAACAGCUGCAGGUCGCCCUCGCAGCAGUCAAAGACACCUUCGCCCUUUGCAACAGGCAGCGUAGAUGCUACUCUUUUGUUGAGAGUCUCGGAACAAUAAUUAAAAAGCCCAACUAUGGCAUAUACUCCGAGGUGGAGGCUCAUGCAGAGUUGAUCCAUGCGGAAGCCCUUCUCGUGCAAGCGUGUCUAGUCGCUCUGGAGGGCGAAGACCUAACCGGCCUGGUCCGUGCCACCCUGCGCAUCAAAAAUUCACACGACUCAUACAAGGACUGCGUUAAGAUCCUGGAGAAGAAGACGAGGUGGGACGACACCGAAUCCCGGGUGCAUUUCGAGAGUGGCGUACGGAUGGGUGUCGCCACUUUUAACGUCAUGGUGUCCCUCCUGCCGCCCAAACUCAUAACUCUUCUCGAAUUUGUCGGCUUUUCUGGAGAUAAGGAAUACGGCCUCAGCGAGCUGCUGAUAGGUGCGAAGAAGCCAGGUCUUCGCUCAGUCCUGUGCUCUAUGACACUGCUAGUUCACAACUUGGUGAUUGGCCAGUUCGCAGCCAUCCCCCCGGACUACGAACUCGCCCAAAAAUUAAUCGACGAGAGCCUGUCGAAGUACCCGGACAGUGCGUGGUUCCUCAUGUUUAAGGGGCGCCUCGCACUGCUGCUGGGUAAGCCUGCGGAAGCUAUAGAAAUAUACAAGAAGGCGGCUAACACAUCUGGGCUGUGGCCGCAGCUUAUACAUCUCGCGUACUGGGAGACCAUGUGGGCAUAUGCAAUGUUAUCUCAAUGGGACAUGUCAGCGGAAUACGCUAAGAAACUUCUAGAAGAGAGCAUGUGGUCACGCACCGUGUACGCUUACACAUUAAUUGCUGCUUCGCUACAGCAAACAAAACCGCCGGACUCUAAUUGGCUUGAGAAUCUCAUACAAUCAGCAACCAACUACCGUCAGCGCAUUCUGGGCAGAUCUGUGCCGAUGGAGAAGUUCGCGCUGCGCCGGUGCGAGCGCCUGCGCACCCGCGGCCAUCUUGUUUUACCCGGUACCGAGAUGUUGUGUCUCUGGAACAUGUACCCAGCUAUAGCAAAAGAUGCGAUACUAUCUGACAGAUUGUUAAAGGAAAUAGAAGAUACUCACAAGGAAAUUGAGAGAACGAUAAAGAACUAUGCUACAGAAAUGAAGGCCCUCACAGAGAAGGCAAAAACAGAGGGGCGAAAUGGGGACGCAAAGAAGGCUCUAGAGGAAGCCCCGAAGCCCAAAUACGAUGCCGAUGACCUGGCGCUGGUGAGGCACCUCCGAGGGUCUAUACUGCUGGCUAUGAAUUUCCCCCGAUUGGCACUAGAACACUUUGACGACCUUCUGAAGGACAAAGAUGACAUCAAAGAGAAUACUUAUCUGGUACCAUACACCAUGGUGGAAAUGGCAAUGUGUCAGCACCAUCUUGGGGACAGCCAUCUCGCACUGCGGCUGCUCACAGAUGCCAGGAAGAAAUCCGGAUACCCCCUGGAAUCUCGUCUUCAGUUCCGUAUCCAUUCCAAGAUUGAAAUGAUCAGGAAUCAAAUGGAGGUGGUCAAGCCGAGCAUCGCCAGCCACGCCAAGGCGCGCACCAAGCUGGACGUUCCCGGGACGUUGGGCACCCAGGGUAACCUCGUGGUCACCACGCCUCCGAUCCCCGUCCCCGAGGAUGAAGAAGAGGAAGAAGACGACAAGAAGAAGGGGAAGAAAAAAGAUAAACAGAAGCAGAAAGAAAAGGAAAAAUCGAAAAAGGGAAAGAAGGAAGGAAAAAAGAAAGCGUCAAAGAAAAAAGAGGUCAAAAAGAGAGACACAAUUAUCGAUGGUAGAGGAGUUGUGACCACGGCGCCCCAACGAGCUGGAACUUCGCUUUUCCCUCGCAUGGACUCCCCAGUCGCCGGCACAUCCAAAGACUUCAAGGACACUAUGAUCACCACAGACGGUGUGGUGAUCGCGCAGCCGAGGGCCGGCGACUCGCCCCUAACAAUGAGGCCAGGUAAGCAGAGCAACAAGUGA